AAAAUUACUAAUAAAUCCAGUGAUUCCACUGUGAUAUUUCAUUGAAAUAAAUACAUUUCAAUACAAUUAAAUGAUAUUGCAAUCCUAACAUUAACUGGAUACUACUGUAACUACUGUGUUUUUGAAGUCCACUUGUUCUUCAGUGGUCCCUACUAAAGAUGCACUCAACAGCAGUGACUUUAGCUGAUCAGAAUCCAGUGGAUGAUUCAUUCAAACCUUGGCGGUUCAGAGUGUGCUCUGUGAUAAUAUCUGAUUUUCCUGCUGCUGCGUUGCCUCCUCACCUAAUAUGGGGCUGCUCAGUGUUGAAGAUGUUGAACUUCUCUUCUUUAUCCCCACUGCCAUCUUCUGGCUCUCACUUCUGUAUCUUUCUCUUCCAUCUUUCUCUCUUCAUUCCUGACCUCCUACUCCUUUUGCUGCUGACUUAACUGAUGUAGCGAAGACCCCCUCCCACUCCCUUACACUCCCACUCUUCCUGCGAGACCCCCCUCCUCCCGUCUGUCCUCAAUCCUCCUCUCGUUCUGUAAAAAUGCACAGACUAAAAAGGGAUUAGGUCUCGGUCAUUUUUUUUUAAAUUCUUUUUGUCCUGCAUUUUAUACAUCUUUUUUUCCCACACGGUUGCCGUCUGCGUACAGGACGGAGAGAAAGUCAAUUUGAUUCAUCCCGCCAAAAAACUCUUGCUGCCUCUAUGUGGAUGUGUUCACAUCAGCUCUCCUCAUUGGUCGCUCCACAACAUCAGCCCGGCAACACGCCAUCAGAACUCCAGCCUCUGUACAACAAGGUAUGUAUCGAUCUUGUGGCCAAAGGACUUCGGUUUGUUCCCUGUUGACUGGGGCCCUGCUAGAGGCCACAGCUGCCCUUAGUGCCCGCUUCAUUCUUCCCUACCCUGUUUCUCCGCUUUCCAACAGCCAGGGAGUUCUAAAAGAGCGUCAGCUUGCCAACACCAUGACCAGCAGCAGUUCCCUUCCUCCUAACGUCAGUGGGAUCAGUAAGGAGCUGGCGGAGCUGCGGCACCUCGUGCAGUUCCCGGAGGAGAUUGCUUGUAUCCUCACCGAACAAGAGCAGCAGCUCUACCAACAGGUCUUUCCUUUGGACUACCUCUGUUUCCUCACCCGAGACCUGGGCAGCCCCGAGUGUCAAAACAAGCGCCACCCAAAUCUUAAGGCCUCACUGUCGGCACCGAACAUGCCCACACAGAGUACCCAACGCAGUAAUGCUGUGGAGCAUCUCGUGAUGAGAUUCAAUGAGGUAAGUUCAUGGGUGACAUGGCUGGUCCUCACAGCAGGCUCCAUGGAAGAGAAGAGAGAGGUUUUCUCCUACCUGGUCCACGUAGCUAAAUGUUGCUGGAACAUGGGAAACUACAACAGUGUGAUGGAGUUUCUGGCUGGACUCAGGUCUCGUAAGGUGCUAAAGAUGUGGCAGUUCAUGGACCAAUCAGACAUUGACACCAUGAGAAGCUUAAAGGACGCCAUGGCUCAACAUGAAUCUUCUUCAGAAUACAAAAAAGUUUUGACCAGAGCGAUGAAUAUCCCAGGAUGCAAGGUGGUUCCAUUUUGUGGCGUUUUCCUAAAGGAGCUGAGCGACGCUCUAGAUGGAACAGCCAGCAUCAUUAGCCUCAAACCAUCUCCAGACCCUGCAGAGGGCUCCGUAGAGUUUGUGUCUGACUACAGCGGCCAGCACAACUUUGUGUCACGGUCGGGUUCAAACGGUCUACACGUCCCAGAAAAGGAAGCAACUGUCAGCAACAUCCUACAGAUCAUCAGGUCUUGUAACCGUAGCCUGGAGGCAGAGGAUCCUGACGAGGCCUCUACCAGCCCUUCCUUCUCAUCGAGAAGCAACUCUUUCAGGGACUGUUGCCAUAACCAUGGCACUGAGCUCAUUCCCUGGUACGUCUUAUCGCUACAACCAGAUGUCCACCAGUUUCUGCUACAAGGGGCCACAGUCAUCCACUACGACCAGGAGAGCCACCUCAGCGCCCGCUGUCUACUCCGGCUGCAACCUGACAACACGACCCUGACCUGGGGUAAGCCUCAGAGUGGAGGAGCUUCCCCUGCGGAACAUCCACUGGGAUUAGGACAGUCUGUAGUGGCAGGACUAGCUGAGGGCCUGCUGGACCUGGGAGUGGUGAAGGCAGUGUUCCUGGGUCACCAGGGAGUGGAUGUCCACGCUGUGUGUUUGCAGAACAAACUGAGCCAGAUGACAGUGGAGGAGAAUGGACUGAGCCUCCUUUAUGGUCUCAGCACCACUGACAACAGGCUACUACACUUUGUGGCUCCCAGUCACACAGCACAAAUGCUUCACAAGGGAUUGUCUGAGUUAGUGAACUCAACCAGAAAACUGAAGAAAUUCCCCGACCAGAGGCUGCAGUGGCUGAGGAGGCAGUAUGUCAGUUUGUAUCAGGAAGAGGGCAGAUAUGAAGGUCCGACACUUGCCCAGGCCAUCGAACUGUUCGGUGGGCGAAGAUGGAGCAUGAGCACGAGUGGGAUGGAGAAGGCUGGCUCCCAGAAAAACAGCAUCAACGAAAAGGCCAAGAAGAAGAAGAAGGCCCUUGUCAGGGGAGACAGUGGAGAUGCCACCGAUGAUGAGAUGUUUUCCAGGAAGACACGAAGCUGUAAGGAGGGACUUAACCGUAAUGGACCAGAGUCUGACAGCAUAGACCAGGAAGAUCCAGAUGACAGCUUCCCUGGACCAUUUUCCCUCUCAUCCACUAAGAGCCAUGGAUUGCUGGCCUCCUCUUCGUCCUCUUCUUCUUCUUCCAGUAUGGCAGGUUCCAAUCCGUCUCGCCCACAAUCCUCUCCGAUCCUCUCGGCAUCUGCCAAAGGACAGCCCGUGGCAUGGAGCAGCAGGUCAUGGCAUGGUCGGGGGAAAGGCUGCUUCAGAGGCUUCCAGAACCUGAUGAUGUCGGACACCACCAUGAGUUUUAUUCAGUUUGUUGAGCUGUUCAAGUCAUUCAGUAUCCGCAGCAGGAAGGACCUCAAGGAGCUGUUUGACACCUUUGCUGUACCCUACAGUCGAUCAAGUGCAGAGUCGCCGCCACUCUACACCAACCUGCGAAUAGAUGACAAGGAUACAGGGCUACAGCCAGAACUUGAUCUUCUAACCCGCAACGGUUCUGAUCUUGGCCUGUUCAUCCGCACCAGGCAGCAGAUGUCCGACAACCAAAAGCAGAUCUCGGACGCCAUCGCCGUAGCUAGCAUCGUGACCAACGGCACCGGAGUAGAAAACGUAUCACUUGGUGUCUUGGGAUUGGCCAUUCCCCAACUAAAUGACUUUUUGGUCAACUGUCAAAGAGAGCAUCUGAGCUACGAUGACAUUCUCAGCAUUAUACAGAAAUUUGAGCCCUCAUCCAGCAUGAGGCAGAUGGGUUGGAUGUCAUUUGAAGGAUUUGCAAGAUACAUGAUGGACAAGGAGAACUUCGCUUCCCGCAAUGAGGAAUCACUGGCCAAUGAGGAGGAGUUGAACUACCCUCUGUCCUACUACUUCAUUGAGUCAUCACACAACACAUAUCUAACGGGACACCAACUUAAAGGAGAGUCGUCUGUCGAGCUCUACAGUCAGGUGUUGCUGCAAGGCUGCAGGAGUGUCGAGUUGGACUGUUGGGAUGGAGAUGAUGGCUCGCCAGUUAUUUACCAUGGACACACACUCACCACAAAGAUACCUUUCAAGGACGUGGUUGAAGCCGUUAAUCGUGCAGCGUUUGUCAACUCUGACAUGCCUGUCAUCCUGUCCAUUGAGAACCACUGCUCUCUGCCACAGCAGCGAAAAAUGGCAGAGAUUUUUAAGACUGUGUUUGGAGAACGCCUCGUGACGCGCUUUCUCUUCGAAAGUGACUUCAGCGAUGACCCUCACCUGCCGUCGCCCGUGCAGCUCCGUGGCCGGAUCCUCCUGAAGAACAAGAAGCUAAAAGCCCACCAGGCGCCAGUGGACCUCCUGAAACAGAAGGCUCACCAGCUGGCUCACAUGCAGGCUCAGGCAACCAAUGGCUCACCCGGAGCUACCUCACCGAGCAGCCAUGCCAAUGAGGACGAAGAGGAAGAGGAAGACGAGUAUGACUAUGACUACGAGUCUCUCUCUGAUGAUAACCUGCUGGAUGACAAGCCAGAAGGAAAGAGCACGGGAGACAAAGAAGAGCAGCCCCUUGAUGAAAUACCAAAGAGGAUAAAGAAGGCUGACAGCACAGUGCAGAGCAAAGGAAAGGUGUUCGACAUGGAGCUUGGCGAGGAGUUUUACCUUCCUCAGAACAAGAAGGAGAGUCGACAGAUCGCCCAGGAGCUGUCCGACCUCGUCAUCUACUGCCAGGCUGUCAAAUUCCCUGGCCUCUCCUCGCUCUCACCGUCCGGCUGUGGAAGGGGAAAAGACCGUAACAAGUCCAGAAAGUCAAUAUUUGGCACAACUCCCACCCGCUCCAGUAUGGGGGAGGUCCCAACCCAGACCCGCACUCCAAAAGGGGGCAAUGAGCGCCUGAGCUGGGAGGAGCAGCAGACGUCUCCGGUCCUCAACCCCCCAACUUCUCUCAGCGCCAUCAUUCGCACGCCCAAGUGCUACCACAUCUCGUCUGUGAACGAGAAUGCGGCGAAGCGCCUGUGCCGACGCUAUUCCCAGAAGUUGAUCCAACACACAGCGAGUCAGCUGCUCAGAACUUAUCCAGCAGCCACCAGGAUCGACUCCACCAACCCAAACCCGUUGCUCUUCUGGCUGCAUGGGAUUCAGCUGGUGGCUCUGAACUACCAGACCGAUGAUCUGCCCAUGCAAUUAAACACGGCGUUGUUCGAGGCGAACGGAGGUUGCGGCUACAUACUGAAGCCGGCUGCUCUGUGGGACCGUAGCUGUCCACUUUAUCAACAGUUCUGUCCAGUGGAGAGGGACGUGGAGAAGAUGAGCCCAGCUGUCUACUCCCUAACUGUGGUCUCUGGUCAGAAUGUCUGUCCUGGUAACAGCGCCGGCAGCCCCUGUAUUGAGGUGGAUGUUCUGGGUCUGCCUGUGGAUAGCAGCCACUUUCGCACCAAACCGAUCCACCGCAACACCCUCAACCCCAUGUGGAGCGACGUCUUCCAGUUCUCUGUGUACUUCGAAGACAUGUGUUUUCUGCGCUUCGCUGUGGUGGAGAACAACAGUUCCCAGACGACUGCUCAGAGGACCCUUCCUCUGAAAGCCCUCAAAGCAGGUUACCGACAUGUCCAGUUGAGGACGCAGCACAACGAACAACUGGAAGUGUCCAGCUUAUUCAUAUUUAGCCGGAGAGUAGAGGAAGGUCCUACAGGGGUCGCUACUCCCUCAUCCUUGCUUUUUAGUUCAGAGGAGAAACGUGCGUUGCAGCAGCACAGGGUGACAGUCCACGGAGCCCCCGGUCCCGAGCCCUUCACUGUGUUCACUGUCACAGAGCAGACCACGGCCAAGCAGCUGCUGGACACGAUCAUUUCAACAACUGAGAAUUCAUCAAAUUUCUACCUGUGCGAGGACAGAGUUCCUCUGCUGAAGGAGCGCAGUGAGGUGAAGCGCACCGCUCAGGAGCGCCCCCUCGCACCUGAGGAGGAGGUGCUCAGAGUGGUCUCGGGCUGGAACAGUGAUGAAGGAUACGUUGGGAGGAUUUGCCUCAAAACAAAGGAUGAGAACUCAAAUGAAAAGAUCACAGUGAUGGAGGGAGAGGAGGAGAUGGCAGUUGGAAACAGAGAGGGAGGAGCACUGGGAGGAGGAGGAGGAGGAGGUGUUGGAGCAGAGGGCGACAUGUUCUUCGUCCAAGUUCAUGAAGUUUCCCCCGAACAGCCUCACACUGUCAUUAAGGCCCCGCGCUACAGCACUGCCCAGGACAUCAUUCAGCAGGCUCUGUCCAAGGCUAAGUAUUCCUACAGUAUCGUGUCAAACCCCCACCCGUGUGACUACGUUCUGGUGGAGGAGGUGACCAAAGACGUUGGUUCUAAAAAGUCCUGCACAGCCAAGCCUUUGCAGCGACUGCUGCUGGAUUCUGAGUGCGUCUACCAAGCACAGAGUCGCUGGCGUGGUGCUGGGAGGUUUAUCCUAAAACUUAAAGAGCAGGUGCCUCGGGAGGACAAAAAGAAGGUAAUGUCUUUCGCCAGCGAGUUGAAGAAGCUGACCAGUCGUAACCGCAGCAUGUCGACUGGCAGCGGAGUGGACUCGCCAGCCCAGAGUAAGGAUGAUAGAGCUGCAUGCUGUGUGGCUCUGACCGAGCUCCAGGAGUGAGGUUCAAAAUCUGCCUGCUGACUUUGCAUGGAAAGGCAACAGAGGGUUUCUGGCUGUAGCUGCGGACCUGAAAACGUGGGUGGCAGAAGGCAGGCUGGGGGCAGGAAGGUUUCUACAUUAUGCCACCUCCUCCUCCUCCUUUAGGGGGCACUUGGAACCUGUCCAUCUGCCCACCUUGUCCCUGACCCCUCUGGCCUGGAAGCUCCACGUCCUCAGAAACUGGAAGACCCACAAAUAAAUUCCAGAAAGUGAGAGAGGUGAUGUGACAUCAACUUCUAACCUUAAUGACCUUCCCUUUAGCCAGAGCGGUGAGUGUUUCCGCUCCUCGACUUCCUGAGGGAGUCCUGUGCUGCCAUGUGUUAUUGGAGCACGGUGUUGAAGAGCAAACUGCUUUGCUUUGAUUGGUUAAAGAACAGGAGUGUCGGAGUGAGAAGAACUCACUGGUUUUUGUCUGAGUGACAUCAUGAUGUUGUCCCAGUAGUCAGUUGUCGCAGUAGCUCAGAGUCAGGCAAAAAACCCUUAGAGUUAUAGCAAUAAGUAAGUAAUAAUUCCCUGCUGGUUGUUUUGCCGUGUUUAAGGACUUAAAUUUAAGGACUAAAUCUUUAGGACUAAAUUUUUAUUUAUUGUAG